CUUGGCAUUUGGGUUGUCGGUCUCUCGCUCGCUUACAUUGCCAGUAUGACGAUUAUCUGGAACCGCAAACCGGUGGAGAACCCGAUGGUCUACUUCUCGGGCUUGAUUGUCAUUCCUAUCUUCCGGAAUACAGCACCGGGCCAUGCUCCGUAUGGGUGCCUCUUUGAUAUGACGUCGACGUACCUUGCGCUUGCGAUUGCCGCCAUUGGCAUGCUCUUUGCCACUUUCAUCUCGAUGAACAAGACCCAUUGAUCCUAGACACGACGCCUUUCGUCGCCGCCCUUUAUAUAUAUGAACGUGAACGCGCUCG